AUGCCUUCAGACCCAUUUUGCAUCAGUUUCGACGCCACAUUCGACGGGCGUUAUGAGAAGAUAUGCUCAGGUGUCGAGGUUCAAGUGAGCGCCAUCUCAACCCCUGAACGCCUCGAGACACCAGAAGACAGCGAGGACGAUACCAGGUAUCUGCUGGUCUCGCCUUACACAGAGAAGCCACAUCUGCUCGAUCUCGACUCGGUCGAUGUAGAGAACCAACUUUUGGCGCGCGCCUUGGUGUAUAUGAACAAUGUCAGGGAUGACUUCCGGACCGCAUCGUACCAAGAUAGCUUUAACUGGCACGAAAUCAUCCAACAUCUUCGACGGCUUAGCCAGCGCCAGGGCCAUGAUUGGAAAGAGACUUCUUUCUAUAUAGUGGCUUUUCGUUCACAGAUCAAACCCGACGCCGACUAUUCCCACUUGGUAGAGCUCGACAGAUACGCACACGCCGAGGCCACAGCAAGUGGAGGUUUCUUGAAGUACUGGUUCGGCGAAUAUCCUGACAAGCAGGGGCACAAUUUGGCGACUUGCGUGUGGACAUCAAAACAACAUGCCCGGCGCGGCAAUGUCGGGCCUGCUCACCGCGAGGCCAUGAAAGCAGCUUCACUAUACGCCUGGCACGAAUUGGAGCGGACCGCAAUCAUGGCGGACGCUUUCAAGGAGUCGCCGAUCAAGUCGGUGCAGGUGGAAGCACUGGUUGUGAUGAAGAUAGCCAAGCACUGCUCGUCGUCUUUCCCGACCAUCGCGACCGGAUCGAUCGUGGGCAUGGACAAUGACACCCUUGUGGAGGUUACCAACUCGCUCAACUUCCCCACCGUCGACGUCGCCAACGUCGACAGCCACCAGAGCGAGCGCGAUGCCUCAGCACAGGCCGCUGCCGCCCCCAGGUCCAAGGCGAACCUGAUGUACCAGGCCGAGAUGAUCAAGCACUUGCGCGAGGUCAACGUUGACGCGAACUGCGUGGGCUGGUACACAAGCGCAACCAUGGGCAACUUUGUCACGAUGAGCUUCAUCGAGAACCAGGCACACUACCAACGCGAAAACCCCAAGGCAAUCGCUCUUGUCUAUGACGUGAGCAGGAGUUCACAGGCCUCGCUGUCCCUGCGCGCCUUCAGACUCUCUACUGCCUUUAUGACAGCCCUCAAAGAGAACAAGUUCACCACCGAAAACCUCCAGAAAACCAAACUCACAUACAAGGAUAUUCUCAUUGAGAUGCCCGUUGUAAUUCACAACUCGCACCUCCUCACUACUUACCUACACCAGAUCUCGUCAGCGCCUGCUGCCGGCUCGGAAAUCCCCAUUCCCGCCUCUCUGGCAGCACUCCAGAGGGGGCCGGUCAACAUCCCCCCAUACCCUUCGAUCGACUCUCUGGAGCUGUCGAUUGACCCCUUCCUGGAGAAGACAUGCGAUCUUCUGCUCGACAGCAUAGAGGCACACUACACGGACCUGAACAACCACCAGUACUACCAACGCCAGAUGACCCGGGAGCAGGCCAAGAUUACGGCGUGGCAAGCCAAGCGCAAGGCUGAGAAUGCCGCGCGUGCUGCGGCAAAGCAGGAGCCGCUGCCAGAUGAUGAGUGGAAGAGGCUAUUCAAGCUGCCCCAAGAGCCUAGCAGGCUUGAGGGCAUGCUGAAUGCCAGGCAAGUUGAGCAGUACAGCAAGCAGGUUGACGGAUUCACGGCCAACGUCAGUGCAAAGAUGUUUGCAGUUCGGGGGAGCCUUUUGACCGAGUAA